UGCGGAUAUCCGCCAUUGUCCCGGUUAAUCAAUGUCAAAUUCGUAAAAUAAUAAUUUGCGAGCAGAAAAAACAAAACAGCGAAUCAAAAAUAAAAUUGAUUUGAUUAUCUCUCUGAAGAUAGUUAUACUAAUCAGGAACCUGAAUUUCCCCUCAAGUGCCUAAGGCACUUCGUGCGAUUUCGACAGUUUGUUUUUAUUGAUCGUUUCAUUAAGAAUCCACGAUGAUACCAAGCGAGAUUUUUGCUGAAGAUUUGAUGAGUACGAUGAUAAGAUAUGGCUUGUACCUUGGUGCAGCUUUUCAGUUGAUGUGUCUACUGGCCUGUGUUACUUUGACCGACGAACAGUGUGAGCCGAUUGUUUAUGAAAAGCCAUACACAGACAGUGAUGAGUGCAGCUCCGAACAGUCUUCACCAGGGCACCGAGCGAAUCGCGCACGACGUCAAGACAAGAAGAAGCGACGCUAGUUUAGGUAUAAUGCUUAAAAGUUACUUAGUUUGUAGCUAUUGCUUAGUACUAUUAACAUAAAAAUACAGUGGAGCCUUGAUAAACCGAACUUCACUACUUUUUACUAGCAGUUUUUCUUCAUGAUUUUUCUUAGUAAAGAAAGUAACAAAUGACUGACUUCAGUCAUUUAUUACCUUUUGUUCAUUUUACUAACUGUUCUUUGGAUUACCAUGACAGAUUAUCAAGGCCCUACUGUACUAGUAUAAUAUAGACCCAGCUACUUUACAUUCCAUAAGUGCAACAUUGUUAGAUAUUAUGUAGAUCCAUCAUAUUGUAAUACAAAUAUGCCCCAUUAUGAUCACCAGAAGUUAGACAGGGUGAGCUAUGUAAUCAACUCAGUUGACUAUUUAGCCAGGAGGAGGUUCAAUGGUUUUUUUUUUAUGUAUGCUCACCAAUUACGCUGACAUUCGUAAUCCGAUUUCAACAAUUAUUUUUUAAUUUAUUUUAUUUUACAUGCCUUACGACAUAUUAUAAGGCAAAAUGCUCACCCUAUCCGGAGCGUGAGAGAUAAACACCAAUUAGAGUAAGCAACUACUUAUGUGAUGCACCAAAUGUUGGACAGUUUCUCCAUUUGUUUAGAUGAGCUUAUAUAUAAGGAGAUUUGUUCUAAUUUCCAGUACCUCUCUUCAGUGACAGAUGUCCAAAUUAUAUACAAAGAAACAAAAAAUUAAAAUGAACUGGUGCAUAUUGGCUGGUGGCAGUAAGGUGGCAUAGUGGGACAAAGUAGCAACAUGCAAUAUUAACAAUAUCACAACCAAGACCCCCGAUGGGCACUCGUGAACUUUGCUCAGAUGCCAAUCAAGGGUAAUUUUAUUCAUUUUACAUAACAUUAACUAAAUAAUUAAGAAUAAAUAUUGCUUUUUAGGUUUUUCUUUCCUUUAUUAUUCUGCACAAGUUAAAUGCAGACAAUCAAUACUUGGUCUCUAAUUUUAUAUUACAUUACACAUCACAUGUUACAAUACUGUACAAGAAUUAAAUUGAAGUAUUAUCAAAAAAAUUGUUAAACAUUACAAUAUGUAUAUGUACAUAUUUCCUUUAGAAUUAAUUUUUAUGAAGUAUGUUUGUUGUCAUAGUAUUGUGUAGAAAGAUAUAUUUGUUAUGUAAGUUAUAUUGUAUUUAAACGUAAUUGAAAAAGUUGUUAUAAAUAGUUUUGGCACACUAUUUGGCAUCCAUUUUUUAAGUAAAUAUGUAAGUCUUCCAGUGUAAGAAGUAUGGAAACAAAAAUAAUUUUCUUUAGCGGCAUCUCCGAUUUUGUUUCGUGUCUUGAUUUUAAUAUGAUAUUUUUUGUUCUGUUUAUUAGCAUGUGUGUUGCCAUAUAACUGUUUUGGUUGUAUUACACUAAGCUUAUAUGUGAAAUAAAUGGAAUUUAAAUCUCCAGUCAAAGCAAAACUGGCUAGUGGGUGCAAAAAUGUGUGCAUCUUAUACAUUAAGUAUUACAAGUUUUGUGAUGUGAGAUAUUUAAUGUCAUUUCAUAAUGUUGACUUAAAGUACAGUACAAUAGUAUUUACUAGAAAAAGAACAUAGUGAAUCUCAUAUUUAUUUGAUCUCUUAAGUUUUAUUAUAAAUAUAUUGUAGUUGUAACUUUGUACUUCUUUAUUCGUAAAUAAAACACAUAUUUCUAAAAA